ACCAACUAAUCUGUCUACCCUUUCUGUUGCGAAACCCGCCCCAUUAAUCUUCUUCUCCUUCUCCUCCUCCACCUCCUUCGCUAACAUUAACUUGUACCUUUUUUUUCUUUAUCUUCAUAGGCUUUUCUCCUCCCUGUCAAGUUUAACUUUCUCUCUUCUUUCGCCGACCCACUUCGUCAAUUUACUUGUUUUUUCGAUAAACCUUUUGAAAUUUCAGAUAUACUGUUCUGGAAUUGAGGGUUUUCUUUCCUGGAAUUUUGGGUUUUUCUUGUAAGUAGUCUAUCUUAUAUAUCUUAUAGGAAUGGGUUUGAAUUUUCGUAAUGAUAUUUGGGGUUCGUGGAGUUUUAGCGGUUUAGACAAGGAAUCAGAGAGAACUAUUGGUUUGAGUUGCGAUGACGUCUGGGGUUCAUGGAGUUUUAGCAGUUUAGAUAAUGACUUUUUAGAUAAGGAAUCGAAGGAUAGUUUUGACCAAGAACUGGGAGGCGCUGUGGAUGAGUUGCCUAUGCCUACGUUCACGGCAAUCAUUCAAGAUUUUGAGACGGAUAUAGGAGGUUUAUGGGGGUGUGAGAGUGAGAAACACAAUGGAGAUCAAAAAUCCUUUUCUGGUCUCAAUUUGGUGAGGUUUCAACAAUUGAAGGGUAACUUGCAAUUUGAUAAAAUAUCGAUUCCAAUUAGUAGUUUUAGUCAAAUUGAGAUUGGUAAUGGGGUUUCUUAUGGUGAUAAUUCUGGUUGUAGUGGGAAUGUGAACGUGAAUGAUGGGGUUGUUUGUAAUAAUGAGGCUAAGGAAGUUUGUUUCGAUUGUGGUGGAGGAGGUAUUCCCCAUGAUGCCUUAUUUUUUGCUCUGGGUUGUCUGGGAGUGAAAGACCUCCUUUCGGUUGAAAGAGUUUGUAGGUCAUUGCGUGAUGCAGUUAGGAGUGAUCCUUUGUUAUGGAGGAGCAUUCACAUAUAUCAACCUUUGAGUUCGAAGAUCAGUGAUGAUGCUCUUGUGAAGUUAACUGGCAGGGCAGUUGGUACUCUUCAAUGCUUGAGUCUUGUGAACUGUUGUAGAAUCACCGAUAUUGGUUUGAAGCGUGUGCUCGAAAGCAAUCCAGGGCUGAAGAAGCUUUGUGUGCCAGAUUGUUUGAAACUCAGCAUUGAGGGCAUUUUGUCAAAUUUAAGAGCCUUCAUGUCUUCUGGCACCCCAGGAAUAAAGCACUUAAGGAUUGGUAGACAAAUGGGUAUAACAGACAAGCAGUUUGAAGAGUUCAAGUGCUUACUUGGUGAGGAUGACAAUAUGCAGCUGAGAACCCGUAAACCGCAGUUUUUUGGUUUUGGACAUUUAUAUCCUCCUUGUGAUGAUGAUCGUGCCUUCGACAUUGAGUCAUGCCCUAAAUGCCAAAAACUGGGGCUAGUUUAUGACUGCCCAAGAGAGAGUUGCCGGGCAAAAGAUCAUGCCUCUCAGGUUUGUAGGGGUUGCACGCUUUGCAUAGCACGUUGUUUCUAUUGUGGGUGUUGUCUUGAGGACUGUGAGUAUGAGGAGACAUUUUGCCUAGAUAUGCUAUGUGUGGAUUGUUUGAAAAAGUUGGUAGAAAAGUCAGAAGUGUGCUUUCUCUUCUAAGGGCGCCAUUUUUUGUAGAGA